AUGCUAGCGUUCGUGUUCAGAAACCGAAAACAAAGUUUGAGAAGUUCUGGAUCGGCCCAUUUAUUGGUGACAGAAACGGGUACCUUUUCGAAUCCAGGAGAACUAGAGAAUUGGCUCAACGACAUUAACACAAACUCCAGAGUAGUAGUUUCAGAUGCUUUUGCUGUACCAACUCUUAAAGAAGCUGCCCUUGGGGACAAAUUCCAGUUCGAGAGACUAGAUUCUACCCCGGAAAAGCUAGUGUUUAACAGGACAGUCACAAUGAAAGAAAGCUCAAGUAAACCUGGGUAGUGAGAACAGUC